UCAAAAACCCUCUUAUCACCAACACAGUGAAACCCAAAGCCAGAGCAAGAGGAAGCAGAACUCAGAGGUAAUGCAAAUGGCGAUAGAACAAGCACUAUCAUCAUCAACAACAACCACCUUCAGAAACCUUCUAACCUUCCCCAAAACCCCAAUUUCAAAACCCAAAUUCCAGUUCCCAUGUUCUCCAUCACACUCCAAUUUGAAGUUGAAGUUGAAGUUCAAAUGCUCCUCCAUGUCCACCAAUGCAUCCUACCCUAAACCCUCGGAAAUCCCGUGGCAGAAGGAGCUCUGCAACUCCGUCAGCCUCAUCGGCACCGUCGGCGCCCCCGUCGAAAUCAAGCACUUCCCCUCCGGCAAGGUCGCUUCCUGGACCCACCUCGCCGUCAAGAAAAACGCCACCCAGACUUCGUGGGUUAAUCUCACGUUCUGGGAUGAACUUGCUCAUGUUGCUUUUCAGCAUGUCCAGAAAGGUCACCAGAUUCAUGUCUCUGGUCGCCUCGUCGCUGACACCGUCGAAACCGAUGAAGGGAAACAGCAAACCUACUAUAAGGUGGUUGCUCAGGAGCUGAAUUUCAUUGAUAGGAGCUUCUCACAAGUGAAUUCUCAGGAUCAGGACUCUGAUUUCAUGAUGUCUGGCAAUGGCAAAAAAGCGGGGUAUGCUGCAAAUAGUACUGGGUCUGUGAUGGAAUUGUGGCAAGCUUUCUUUGCUAACCCAGGGGAGUGGUGGGACAAUAGAAACAAAAAGAGGAACCCGAAAGCGCCUGAUUUUAAGCACAAAGAUACUGGAGAAGCUCUGUGGAUCGAAGGUAGAUCCACUCCAUCAUGGGUCAAUUCCCAACUGGAGAUAAUGGACUCAAGGAUGGGGUCGUUUACAGGUCAAAGGAUGCCUGUAGAUAUGGUGACAACAGAUGAAAUCUUCUCUCGCUAAAAGCUUAACUAUGUUUGGAUAUUUGUUGACACCGGUGCAAACGGACGCUAACACUCACUUGAGAUAAAAAAGUGUACGGAACUCUUCUGGAUUGGGAUGAAAGUCGGCUCGCGUUACAUUCAAAUGGUAUCCAAACACUUAUUUCUUAAUCUUAUCCAAUGUAAUAUUUUGUUUCAACUUUGUACAGUUUGUAUUUGGCCAGUAAAUUUUAGCUCUGUUGACACAUGGAGAGGCUUUGUAGUCAGUGGCAGUAUGUUAUCUGGGUUGACCCUAAGAGCCUGCUUUAUUUAAUGAGCUUUAUUCACAUUGCUUGGAA